CUGAGAAUAAAUAAUGUUAACUUAAGUGAGCGUCAUUAAGUGAAACGGGACCCGGAGUUUUAAAAUGAUUUAUUCCUUGCCCAGCCUCCUUAUUCCUUUAGUGGGAUAUAAUAAAGUUUUGAAGAAUGUGACGUCAAUUUCAAGAUGGCGGCGCCCCACUCCACGAUGAAAUUCUGGAAACCCGGAGCUGAUGCUCCGGGUGUUUCGGAGGAGCGGGAGCUAACGACAGAGACCGCUGGCUCCCCAGUUAUUUACAACCCUCACACUGCGCUGUCCAUUGAGAAGCAGCGACAGAAACUUCCAGUUUUUAAGCACAGAAACAAUAUUCUCUAUCUUGUGGAGAACUACCAGACAGUGAUAAUUGUCGGAGAGACAGGAUGUGGGAAAAGCACACAAAUACCUCAGUACCUCUUAGAGGCAGGUUGGGCCGCAGAGGGAAAGGUCAUAGGAGUGACUCAGCCUCGAAGAGUGGCAGCUACAUCAGUGGCCAACCGUGUGGCAGAGGAACGCGGGGCACUGCUCGGACACGAGGUUGGCUACACCAUCAGGUUUGAUGACUGCUCUGACCCCCAUGCCACCAGAAUAAAGUUUCUCACAGAUGGGAUGUUGGUGAGGGAGAUGAUGGCAGAUCCUCUGUUGAAGAAAUACAGUGUCCUCAUGUUGGAUGAGGCUCACGAAAGGACUCUGUACACAGACAUCGCCAUCGGACUCUUGAAAAAGAUCCAGAAGAAGAGGAGGGACUUGCGACUGAUUGUCGCAUCUGCUACCCUGGAUGCCAAGAAAUUUCAGGAGUUCUUCAAUCUGAAUGAGUCUGGAGACCCCAACAAAGAUACCUGUGGCAUUCUUACAGUCGAGGGUCGAACCUUCCCUGUGGAUGUCUUUUAUACUGUCAGUCCUGUCCCUGAUUAUGUGAAGGCCACAGUGGAGACUGUGCUGAAGAUUCAUGAGACUGAGGAAGAUGGAGAUGUGCUGGCAUUUCUCACCGGACAGGAGGAAGUGGAGAAGGUGGUGUCCAUGCUACAGGAGCAGGCGCGGACACUCUCUCGCUAUGGCAUGAAGAAGCACCUGCGGGUGCUGCCUAUGUAUGCUGGGCUCCCAUACGUGGAGCAGAUGAAAGUCUUUGAAAGGAUGCCCCCUUCAGUGCGGAAGGUGGUGGUGGCAACUAACAUCGCUGAGACCUCCAUCACCAUCAAUGGGAUUGUGUUUGUCAUUGAUUGUGCAUUUGUCAAGCUGAGAGCUUACAAUCCUCAGACAGCUAUCGAGUCGCUCGUGGUGACCCCCAUCUCUAAAGCCUCGGCUGCCCAAAGGGCUGGUCGGGGUGGACGAAACCGCCCAGGGAAAUGCUUCCGGCUUUACACCGAGGAGGACUACGAGAAGCUGCCCCCAUCCACAGUGCCCGAGAUGCAGCGCACAAACCUGGCGCCGGUCAUCCUGCAGCUGAAGGCUCUGGGCAUAGACAACGUGCUGCGCUUCAGCUUCCUAUCGCCCCCUCCUGCCCAGUCCAUGGUCCAGGCCCUAGAGCUCCUCUAUGCACUCGGGGGUUUGGACCAGUAUGGCCGUCUGACGGACCCUAUGGGUGUACGCAUGGCCGAGUUCCCCUUGAGCCCCAUGUUUGCCAAGAUGCUGCUUGAGUCGGGCAACUUCGGCUGCUCCAAGGAGAUUGUUACCAUAGCAGCCAUGAUGCAGAUCCAAAACAUCUUUGUGGUGCAUCCCAAUCAGAAGAAAGCAGCAGCCAGGGAACACAGGAAGUUUGCUGUAGCUGAAGGUGACCAUCUCACUAUGCUCAACGUUUAUGAAGCCUUCAUCAAGCACCAGAAGAGUUCCCAGUGGUGCCAGGAUCGCUUCCUUAACUACAAGGGCCUGAUGCGGGCUGUGACCGUCCGGGAGCAGCUCAGGCGACUCAUGAACAAGUUCAAGGUGCCACGAACCUCCAGUGAAGGUGACCCGGAUGUGAUCCUCAGGUGCAUUGUUUCAGGAUUCUUUGCCAACGCUGCCCGCUUGCACCAUUCUGGAUCCUACAGGACCCUGCGGGAUGACCGGGAGCUGCACAUCCACCCCAACUCUGUCCUCUUUGGGGAGAAGCCCCCCAAAUGGGUUGUGUUUAAUGAGGUGGUGCAGACCUCCAAGUACUACAUGCGGGACGUGACUGCCGUGGAGUCUGCUUGGCUGGUGGAGCUGGCCCCUCAUUUCUACAAGCAGGCCAAGCACGGUUCACUGGGAAGCAAGAGAGCUAAGGUCUUCUGAGCAGACUGGCCAUCCCUGCUGCCCCCACACACACACCACAUCAGGUGCUAGCCCACUCCUGAGAGUUUAUGGGUCUUGGGCAGACGAAGUUACACACACACACACACACACACACAUACAUACACAUACACACAAAAGAAGAAAGCUGUGUGUGGGCGUAGCAGGCAAAAAACCUCUGAAGUUCCUCCGAAAGAGACACUGUGUUCCCCCAACCUCAUGUAUAUAGAGAUGUGUGAUAUAUAUAUGAUCUAUUUAUUGCAUCAUUCCCACUCUUCUGAACCCCUCUGUCCCCACUCAUAUGAGUAUAUGGGUAUACACCGUAAGUAGAGCAGGCUUAAGUCCAGGGAUUUGAGGUUAUAAGCCAUAUGCCCCUGGCCAUGAGCAUCUUUUAAACUUUAUUUUUUUAAUAACAGCUUUUUUAUUCCGUUCUGGCAUGGCUUGAUAGUUGAGGACCGAUGGUAAGGGAAUUAACACAAGAACUGUGAAUUAUUUUUUAAUUUUUAUUUCCAUCCUCUAGCAUGAGGCAGUGUGAGUGAGUGGUCAGUGAUAGAGAGAGAGAGAUGGAGAGAGUGCUGGAGAAAGAAUGAGAAUGGCAGGUACGUGACUCAACAGUGAAUGUACCAUGCAUAUAUAUAUAUAUAUAUAUCCCAGUAAAUGGGGGGGGGGGGGUCAUUGUAGUAAUGACCAAAAUUCUCCCCAAUCUACCACUGUGUUUUACCAUAUUCAGUGGCCUUUUUGUAACCAUUGUGUGCCAAAUUAUUUAAUUGUAUUUGACAUUUCAUGGUACAUGUUACCAUGGCACAUGAAAUGGACAAAUAAAUUGUAGUUACAAUUGCACAAGAAGCAAUCAAAAGGAAAGUGCCAGUUUUUUAAAGCGUGCUUGAAAAUGAGCAUUUAGAUCUGUGGAAUGCCUCAAAACUGUUAAUUUGAACAUCUUUCUGAUAUGUUUUUCUUUCAUGCAUUUAGUCUGUUCCCAAUGUCGUGACUUUUUUUACUAAAGUUUUAUUUUUGUUCAAGACACCAACCCAUGUGUUAAUAUCUCACUUACAGUCAGUACUUUUCCUCUUUUCUACUCUUUUCAAAGUUUUUUUUUUUUUUUUUUUUUUCAUUUUUAACAGUUCCCUUCAUCAUGACGGACACUCCCUUUUUCCUUUGUUCUUUUGGCCCUGGUGAAACUCGAUUCUCGGAAACCAUAUGAUUUUUAGGGAGGAGUGAGCCAAAUCAAAUGGUAUUUGUAUUUUUUUUUUAGCUCCAAUAAAACCUGCUUUCAUUUCAGUAAGGUUAGCAUUAUAACUUUAUUGGUAAAUGUCUGCAUGGUGAAAUAUAUCAGAUUAGAUGUAGCGGUCACACCACUUGAUAGCCUUAGAUGUAGUUCUUACAGAACACCGCAGAUUCUGGUAGGCUGAGGUCAAAUACAAUCAAAUACGUCAAAAUAUUCAUUGUUGCCACAUACUCUUGCAUGUGCGAUGAAACUACAACACUUUGAAACUCACUAGUAGUUUUACUCUCAUAGUUACCACUCGUUGCCAACAAGAAGAGGUGUGUAGAGUCAUCAUUUGUAGAAUGUCUGAGCGCAGGCAAAAUGUUAUUCUACAGAAGUACAGAAUUAUAGUCAGUGAAUUCUAUUAAGAUCCACUCAUUGCCCAAGUGUGUUAGACAUAUCUUCAAAUAAAGCCAAAUGGUCAUGCAUUCAA